AUGAGCUUGAAACCCUCCUUUGAGCUGCGAAAGUACAGGAGAGCUCUUGGAUACUCGCUGGACGAUAUCAAGGGUCUCUCCCCUACUCUAUGCACUCACAGGAUCCAUCUCGAAAAUGAAUCAAAGGGAUCUAUUGACAUCAGCGUAGAGGGGAUAGUCCUUGGCCACAAGAUCUCAGAGAAAGGCAUUGAAGUGGACAAGGCAAAGAUAGAAGUAAUGGUGCAACUUGGGGAGCCAAAAUCAGUUAAGGAUGUGAGAAGCUUCUUGGGACAUGCGGGUUUCUACAGGCGCUUUAUCAAAGAUUUUUCUAAGAUAGCAGGCCACUCACAAGACUCUUAUGCAAAGAAACAGAGUUCAUCUUUGAUGAAGAGUGUAGCCAAGCUUUCUUGA